AUGCCUACACCGCAUCAUCUCCCCCUACAGCAACCCCAGAACCAACUCCUCCCUUCACCGCCCCACCAGGGACAGUCACUCCAGUCAACACGGCAGAUCCCACUGGCCACUGUGAUUUCUCUUGCUCCUUUGAUGAGGACUUCUGCUCCUGGAGGCAGAUGGCCUCUGACAAGUUUGACUGGACACGACAGAAAGGCCAGACCCCCUCACCGAACACAGGACCGUCGUACGACCACACCUCAGGAGAGGGCUAUUACAUCUACCUAGACGGCAAUGCUGCCAAUAGAGGGGAUGCAACACACCUGGCCAGCCCCAUCUGCACCUCCCCCACACCCCACUGUUUCCGCUUCUGGUAUCACAUGUACGGCGUGGCCCAAGCAAUGGCGCUGCGUGUGUAUGCGGUCUUUGAUCGUGCAUCCCCUGAGCUGAUCUGGACUCAGUCCGGGAACAAGGGAAACAAGUGGCUCAGAGGUGAAGUCAGCGUGCCUCACAGAGAAGACGUGCAGAUAAUCCUUGAAGGCGUGCGGGGGGAAGACUUCCGCAGCGACGUGGCUGUGGAUGACAUCACCAUAGAAGAGGGAUAUUGCCCAGGGUAUACUCCUCCACCACCCACAACUGUGAGCUCUGCUGCCACCACUAGCACAAGCAGCCCAACCCCUCCCAGCAAAGAAGAAACAACAGCAUCAUCCACACUGCUGAGCUCCAUCCCCACCACCAUCCCCACCAGCAGCCCAGCCCCUCCCACCACAGAAGAAACAACAGCAUCACCCACACUGCUGAGCUCCAUCCCCACCACCAUCCCCACCAGCAGCCCAGCCCCUCCCACCACAGAAGAAACAACAGCAUCAUCCACACUGCUGAGCUCCAUCCCCACCACCAUCCCCACCAGCAGCCCAGCCCCUCCCACCACAGAUUCCUCUGGUCACUGCGAUUUCUCUUGCUCCUUUGACGUGGACUUCUGCUCCUGGACACAAUCGAUCUUCGACAGAUUUGACUGGAUACGACACAAAGGCCCGACAUCCACGUCGGAAACGGGACCAUCCUCUGACCACACCUCAGGAGAGGGCUACUACAUCUACGUGGAAGGUGACAGCAGCACCCCAGGGGAGGUGGCACACCUGGUCAGCCCCUCGUGCAACGCCACUGGGCCCCAAUGCUUCCACUUCUGGUAUCACAUGUACGGUGUAGCCAAGAGAAUGGCACUGCGUGUUUACGUGGUCUCAAAGGGUACACCACCUGCAGUGGUCUGGACUCAGACGGGAAAUAAGGGCAACCAGUGGCACCGAGCUGAUGUGAACAUGGAUUAUAAAGGAAAACUGCAGAUAAUCUUCGAAGGCGUGCGGGGGGAAGACUUCCGCAAUGACCUGGCUGUGGAUGACAUCUCCAUAGAACAGGGACGCUGUCCAGAAGAAACAUCAGUAUCACCCACAGCAGUGAGCUCCAUCACUACCACCAUCCACACCAGUAGAAACAACCCAAGCUCUCCCUCCACAGCUCUUCCGUUCACCACCCCACCAGGGACAAUCACUCCAGUCAACACGGCAGAUCCCACUGGGCACUGCGAUUUCUCUUGCUCCUUUGAUGUGGACUUCUGCUCCUGGAAACAGCUGGCCUCUGACAAGUUUCACUGGAGACGACACAAAGGCUCAACGCCUUCGCCAAACACAGGACCAUCCUAUGACCACACCUCAGGAGAGGGCUAUUACAUCUACCUGGAAGGCAAUGAUGCCAACAGAGGGGAGGUAGCACACCUGGUCAGCCCCUCAUGCAGCUCACCCAGGCCCCACUGCUUCCGCUUCUGGUAUCACAUGUACGGCGUGGCCCAAACAAUGGCGCUGCGUGUGUAUGCGGUCUUUGAUCGUGCAUCCCCUGAGCUGAUCUGGACUCAGUCCGGGAACAAGGGAAACAAGUGGCUCAGAGCUGAAGUCAGCGUGCCUCACAGAGAAGACGUGCAGAUAAUCCUUGAAGGAGUGUGUGGGGAAGACUUCCGCAGCGACGUGGCUGUGGAUGACAUCACCAUAGAAGAGGGAUAUUGCCCAGGAGACACACCAGCAGUACCCACAACAAGCAGCUCCCCCACCACCGCUGCCCCCAUGACCACCGCUGUCAUCACAGCAAGCAGCCCAGCCCCUCCCACCACAGAGUCUUGCCUGGUGUCAGGAGACCCUCAUUACUACACUUUCGACAGGCAAACCCAUCACUUCAUGGGCAACUGCACCUACACCCUCUCCCAGCUCUGCGACCCAAAGAGUUCCCUGCCCUAUUUCAACGUGGAAGCAGCGAACGAACACAGAUGGGGCAACACGCAGGUGUCCUACGUUCAGAGCGUGGAUGUUGAUGUCCUUGGCAUCCGGGUGACGCUGGAGAAAGGAGGAGGAGCAAAGGUCAAUGGGAAGCAAGCCAUCGUCCCCUCCACACCGACGGCUGGAGUGCAGAUUUUGCCCAGUGGCUUCUACACGGUGGUCUCCACGGACUUUGGGGUGAGAGUCAAGUUUGACGGAGACCAUCAAGUGGAAGUCUCGCUCCCAAGUCCUUACAGGGGCCGGGUUUGCGGCAUGUGCGGAAACUACAACGGGGACCCCACUGACGAUUUCCUGAACCCGCGUGGGGAACCUGAGACAGACUCCACAAGUCUGGGGAACAGCUGGCAGGUCUCCAACCACACCAGGUGUUCCUCAGGGCCCGAUCCUGUCUGCACGGAGGCUGAGAAGGAAGCUGCCCAGAGCAGCAGCUUCUGUGGACUCAUCACGGAUGUGACUGGGCCGUUUAGACAUUGCCACAGCGCCUUAGACCCAACAGGGCACUUCACCGGCUGCCUUUAUGAUCAAUGCGCCCUGCACCUGGAUCCGGGAUCCCUUUGCAAGAGCCUGCAAUCCUAUGCAGAUGCCUGUCGGUCCCUGGGGGUUGCUGUGCAGCCCUGGAGGAAUGCCACCUUCUGCCCCAUUUCCUGCCCGCCCAACAGCCACUACGAGCCUUGCGUCAGUGCCUGCCCAGCUUCCUGCGCGGACCCAGUGGCUCCUGCCACCUGUAGCCUGCCGUGUACCGAGGCCUGUGCCUGUGACAGUGGCUUCCUCCUCUACAACGGCGCCUGCGUGCCCAGCCAGCAGUGCGGAUGCUGGCACCAGGGCAAGCACUACCCCGUGGGCUCCGAGUUCUGGACCGAUGACACCUGCUCCUCCAAAUGCACGUGCCCCAGCCGAGGCAGCCAACUGAUCUGCUCCGGCGCUUCCUGCCCAGAGGAUCACUACUGCGGGGUCCAGCAGGGUGUCCCCGGCUGCUACGCUUAUACAUACGGGGUCUGCCGCGUCCACAACGACCCCCAUUACAACACCUUUGACAAACAGACACACCACUUCAUGGGGAACUGCACCUACACCCUGGCCAAGGUGUGUGCCAAUGCCACAGGACUGCCGUCCUUCCGCAUCGAGGCCAAGAAUGAGCACCGUUGGGGGAACCCCUCCGUGUCUUACGUCCAGAGGGUCCUGGUGCAGGUUUUCGGGCAGAAGAUUGAAAUCCUCAAAAACCACCCGAGCCAAGUCCUGGUCAAUAAAAUUUGGACGACUCUUCCGGUGCAGAGGCUUAACGGCUCCGUGAGCGUGGGGAGGAACGGACGGUACGUGACCCUGGAGACGAAUUUCCGGCUGAGUGUCUCCUACGACACCGACCACUCAGUGGAAAUCAGGGUGCCCAGUGCCUACUUCAACAGGACCUGCGGCAUGUGUGGGAACUUCAACAACCGCUGGCAGGAUGACUACAUGAUGCCCAAUGGACAUCAGGCCAAGGAUUCCAAUGAGCUAGGAACAAGCUGGCAAGUGCAAGGUGCAGAGUAUGACCUCCCUGGUUGUGGUGUAGUACUACCACCCCAGCCCUGCACCCCAGAGCAGAUGGAUCUCUAUGGGACAGAUGCCUUCUGUGGGCUAUUAACCAGCAGCCAGGGGCCCUUUGCAGUCUGCCUGUCGGUUAUCAACCCUCUGAGCUUCUUCGAGAGCUGCGUCUUUGACCUGUGUGCCCUGAAUGGAAACCAGGAGCUCUUGUGCAAUGCUCUGGAGACCUACGCUGAUGCCUGCCAAAGAGCUGGUGUGGACCUGCCUGGCUGGAGGAAUGCCACUUUCUGCCCGCUCCCUUGCCCUCCCAAUAGCCACUACAAGCUAUGCACCAGCCCCUGCCCAGCCACUUGUUCCAAGCCGCUGGCCCCAGAGCACUGCAGCGAGCAUUGCGUGGAGGGCUGCGAGUGCAAGGAAGGGUUUGUCCUGAGCGGCGGACAGUGCGUGUCGGUGGAGGACUGCGGCUGCCUCGCGGGAGAUGACUACUAUGAGAAAGGGGAAACCUUCUGGCAGUCGGACUGCCUCGGCCGAUGUCACUGCGCGGGAAAUGGCAGCUUAGUUUGCAACGCGGAGACGUGCCAAAGGGGCCAGAUCUGCAAGGUGCAGAAUGGGAUCCUCGGCUGCCACGUUCCAGACACGGCCACCUGCCACAUUUAUGGGGACCCACACUACACCACCUUUGAUGGGAGGCUGUACCAUUUCCAGGGGGCGUGCAACUACACAGCAGUGGAGACCUGCACAAACGCCUCCGAGCAGUUCUCUGUGACGACGAGGAACGAACAUCGCGGGAGCGAGGCCUGGACAGCUCUCAACUCAGUGGCUGUGUCCUUCCAAAACCUGCACGUGGCCUUGAGGAAAAACAAAGAGGUCUAUGUGAACGGAGCCAGAGUUGAUCUUCCCAUGGAUCUGCGCUUGGGGAUCAGAGUGGAAGAGAGACCUCCCUAUGUGGUCGUUGCCAGCCCUUUUGGCUUUCUGGCCAAGUUCGACGGUGACCAGGAACUGUUUGUCCAGGUGGACGAGAGAUACAAAGGGCAUCUCUGUGGGCUGUGUGGCACCUACUCUGGCAGCCAGCUGGAUGACUUCCAACGGCCAGACAAAAUCCUGGAACAUGACCCCAAUGAAUUUGGCAACAGCUGGGCCGUCACGGACGACCUCUGGACGUGUGAACCCUCAACCGUUCCGCCGCCCUGUGACCCUGCGCUGGAGGCUGGUUUCGAAGACCUCUGCAAAGUGGUUCUGGCCACCGGGGGCCCAUGUGAAGCUUGCCACAGGAGCAUCCCACCUCAGCUCUACUUCGAAAGCUGCGUGUACGACCAGUGCGCCACCGGCGGAGACACAGGGCAGUUCUGCAAAAGUCUGGAAGCGUAUGCCGCAGCAUGCACAAUGGCUGGCGUAGACCUUGGGGACUGGACGAAGGAUACUGCCUGUGACCCAACCAAGCCCACACUCCCUCCUUCUCCAGUUCCUCCAGCUUCAACCAGUUCAUUGCCUUCAGACUCAGAGGCAACCUCUAGACCACUGACAACACCGGGAACCCAGCCUCUGCCCACAGGUCAGGUCACCAGUGAAGAACCCCCUCCUGAGACAAAGUCAACUCCUCUCCCGGAAACAACUGCUGCCACCGCAGAAACGACUGCCGGCCCAGCCGAGCCCACGCUCCCUCCUUCUCCAGUUCCUCCAGCUUCAACCACUUCAUUGCCUACAAAGUCAGAGGCAACGUCCAGGCCCGAGACAACACCUGGAAACCACCCUCUGCCCUCAGGCCGUGGCUCCUGUAGUGCUUCAGGGGACCCCCAUUACACCACAUUUGACGGCAGAGUCCACCAUUUCAUGGGCAACUGCACUUACACGUUGACCAAAGUCUGCACCAACCCCAGCAGCCUGCCAGAAGCCUUUGAUGUCUCCACCACCAAUGAGCACCGAGGCUCCAACAAGGCUGUGUCGUAUGUCAACUCUGUUCACGUGGAGGUGUAUGGCACCCGGAUUUCUCUACUGAAGAACAGGAAAGUGAAUGUCAAUGACAGCAGACGUAACCCACCUGUGUUCGUCGGGAACAACAAGAUCAUGGUGCAGAGCAGCGGCAACUACAUUUUCUUGGAAACAGACUUUGGGCUGGGCGUCAGGUUUGAUGGGAACCAUUAUGUGGAAGUAUCGGUGCCUUCUGCUUACAAGGGACAGCUCUGCGGCCUCUGUGGUAAUUACAAUGGUGAUCCAAGAGAUGACAACCUGACGCCUGAUGGACAGCCUGCAGGCAAUUCCGCCAUCCUUGGGGACAGCUGGCUUGUCCCAGAAAACAUGACAGAAUGUCACAGCUCUCCAGAACCUCUUUGCAAACCAGAGCUGGAGAAUGAAAUCCGCAGAGACUCUGCAUGCAGGAUGAUCACUGAUCCAACAGGCAUCUUCAAGGACUGCCACAGUGUGGUAGACCCAACAAAUUCCUUUGAGAACUGCAUUUACGACGUGUGCCUCUCCAACGGGCAGCAGGCAUCCCUCUGCAACGGGUUGCAGGCCUACGCAGAGUCCUGCUCCAAUGCCGGAGUGUGCGUGGAGUGGAGAAACGCCACCCUCUGUCCCAUCACCUGCCCUGCAGGGAGCCACUACAGAGGCUGUGGGAAAAGGUGCGCUCCCAACUGUGUGACCCCCUCGGUGCUCAGCACCUGCAGCCCGUUAGCAGUGGAAGGGUGCUUCUGUAACGAAGGCUUCAUCCUGAGUGGGGACAGAUGCGUCCCUGAGAGCAGCUGUGGCUGCAUCGAUCGCCAGGACAAAUACUAUCAGCUGGGCGAGAGCUGGUUCACCGAUGGGACCUGCGGCGAGCGCUGCACCUGUGGGCCAAAGAACAACAUCACGUGCACCCCGUGGGAUUGUGGGGUGCUGGAGAAAUGCAGCACCCAGGAGGGAGUUCUGGGCUGCCACACCAGCAGCCGAGCAUCCUGCCAUGUGGUUGGAGACCCCCACUACUACACCUUUGACAAAGUGAUGCACACCUUUCUGGGCACCUGCACCUACACCCUCGUCACAGUCUGCAGCAGCAACAGCAGCGUCACGCCCGUCACCAUCAGUGGCAAAAAUGAAGACCGAGGCCAAAGAGGUGCCACCUACCUCCGGGAGGUCUAUGUCGACGUGUAUGGCACCCGGGUCACCCUACAGAAGAACAAGAGGAUCCUGUUCAACUAUGAGAGAGUCUACGCACCUGUGGAGAGCCGCUCCCCCCGAGGAAACUCCGUGGCUGUGGGGAAUGUGGGGAAUUACAUGGUGGUGGAGACCAACUUUGGGCUGGUGGUGAAAUACGACGGGAACCAGUACUUGGAAAUCAGCCUACCUGGCACCUACUUCUCCCAGGUUUGUGGCCUGUGUGGAAACUACAACGGCCAGCCUGAAGAUGAGUUGCUCCUGCCAGAUGGCGCCCAGGCCAAGAAUGUCACCCAGUUUGGGAACAGUUGGAAGGUGGAUGCCGACAGUGAUGCCAGCUGCUUGCCAGACACGCGCCAGGAGCUGGGGCCCCCAUGCACUCCCCAGGCGAGGCCAGCCAUCCAAGAGCAGUGCAGCGUCCUGCAGUCCAGUGCCUUUGGCCCCUGCCACCGCCUGGUCAAGCCGGAGCUCUUUGUCCAGACGUGCGUCUAUGACAUGUGCAAGUACGACGGGAUGCGCUCUACGCUGUGCGCCAUUGUGCAAGCCUACGCGGAUGCUUGCAAGGCCAAGGGAGUCGCCCUCAGGUGGAGGAAUGGCACCUUCUGCCCCCUGCCAUGUCCCCCCAACAGCUAUUUCACCAACUGCGCCUCCUUCUGCCCCCCCACGUGCACCAAUAUCUAUGCUGACGCCCUCUGUGAGAAGCCGCCCGGGGAAUGCCUGGAAGGCUGUGUCUGCAGCGAGGGCCACGUUCUCAGCGACGACCAGUGCGUGCCGCUGAGCGAGUGCGGCUGUCGAGACACAGGCGACAAAUAUUACAAGGUUGGAGAGAGCUGGGUCACCCCACACUGCAGCCAGAAAUGCCGCUGCCGUUCAGGGGGCGUCAUCAAAUGCCAGAGCUUUGGAUGUGAGGCCGGGGAAAUCUGUCAGCUGAAGAACAACGGGAAGUACGGCUGCAAGCCAACCGGCUUUGGGAAGUGUUUGAUCACUGGGGACCCCCACUAUAUGACCUUUGAUGGCUUGCUGCACCACUUCCAAGGGACCCGCACCUACAUGGUAUCCCAGAGCCGCCCUGACGCUCCGGAGCGCCUGGAGCCUUUCAGCAUUGCGGGCAAGAACAAGGGUCAUGCCGCGGCCAGCAAAAUCACCUUUCUCAAAGAGCUGCAGAUCACGGUCUAUAACCACACGGUGCUCUUCAGGCAAGGGAAGGAGCUUGUGCUGGACGGGGUGCAAACCAGUCCCCCAGCUCAGCCCCACGAGGGCCUUCGUAUUCAGCAAAGGACAACGAGAAUUUUCUUGGAGACCGAUUUUGGCCUGUCCGUCACGUUUGAUGGCACUGAGAACUCAGACAUAACCCUGCCCAACACCUACAGAAAGAGCGUCGAAGGGCUGUGUGGCAACUUUGAUGGGAAGUUCAAGAACGACUUUAGCACACCUGGUGGCGCUCUGGUCAAUGAUGUCGACACCUUUGGGGAGAGCUGGCGAGUCCCUGUCAAAAGAGGAGCCUCCAGGUUCAGGAGAGAGAGCCCUGCAGAAGAAGAGCUGGGCGAUGCUGAACUGGACACAGGAUUUGCUCUCCGCUGCUCCCCCAGCCAGCUCCACCAGGCCAACAGCAGCUCCAACUGUGGAAUCCUGGCAGAUCCAAGGGGACCCUUUGAAGUGUGCUUUGACCAGGUCCCUCCAAGCCCCUUUUUAAUGAGCUGCCUCUACGACAUGUGUGUGGACGCCAACCGGAGCGCCAUGCUGUGCCCCAGCCUGGAGCAGUACGCGCUGGCCUGCCAGGGGGAGGGGGUCGCGGUGGGCAACUGGAGGGCGUUGUCAUCAUGCGCUCCACAGUGUCCCCCCCACAGCCAGUACAGCCCCUGCACCUCUGCUUGUCCUGCCUCCUGCUCAGAUCUCUCUGCUCCGGCGGAGUGCAGCUCCCCCUGCCUGGAGGGCUGCGAGUGCCUCCCCGGGUACGUCCUCAGCGGGUUUGACUGCGUGCCCUUCCGGGACUGCGGCUGCACCUUCAUGGGGAGAUAUUACCAGGUUGGGGAGAGCUUCAUGUCCAAGGAGUGCGGCCAGGCGUGUGUGUGCUCCGACAGUGCCAGCCUCUCCUGCUCCAAGGUAGCUUGUGCCCACAGCGAGCUCUGCACCGUGGCCAACUUCACCCGUGGGUGCUACAGGGCUGGCCCCUGCAUGCCAAACCCUUGUUUGAAUGAUGGACAUUGUGUAGAAGCGGACCGCCCAGCUGGCUUUUACUGCUUGUGCCCCAAGAGCUAUGAAGGGUAUUUCUGCGAGACUGAAACUGAACCAACAGAAGGUCACCCAGAGGAGAAUUCCUUCCCCGCCAUUUCCAUCAUCGCGGGCCUUGCCGCCGUUGCUGUCCUAGUGACCCUGAUCGCCGCCAUACUCUCCUGCUGGUACAUUUCCAGGAAACGUGCACAGAAUCCCUCUGCAAGAGAUGUCCGGUCUCUGCACCCUUCCACGCUCCCCUCGCCAGCUCAACAAGCCCUCUGCGAUGUGUCCAACCCGGCCUUUGAACAGGACUAAAAUCAAUGGCUCUGGGUUCUUAGUACAAGUCUGUUUCCGGAUUUUCUUCUUGUUCCUGUGUUAGAUAAAGUGCUUCUCUGCCAAGCUGUCAGCCAGAAUAAAUCAAAGCUAUUUUCCCCCCUUGCAGAUUCUGGCUGAAUACUCAUGUGGACUUAAUUUUUUAUAAAGCAAAGUCUGCAAACUGAUGUGAGAUGGAUAGGCAUCGAUGUCCUACUUUCUGGGCAGCCUUUUCUCUUCUCUCCCCCUCCCCCAGAACAACCCCACAAGCCCUGCCCUUGACAUACACACAUACGCCAACUCUAUGCCAUGUUUUCCAGGGUAGAAGAAUUCCCCAUGAUUCCCUAACAAAGAACAUAAAAGAAAAACCAGGAAAUCCCCGGGAAAGUAAAAAUAGAGUUAAUUUUAUUUUCAUAAGGGGGAUGACGUUUCAGCAGCAUAUUUAGGCAUCCUCAAGUGGCGUUUUCUUAAAGCUGCCUUGUUCCUGUGGAAGAGGACUCCAUCCCUCCUGCCCCUGCCAUGCGCACAGGCACCAAACCCUUAAUUUCCCCAGGCAGGGGCCAAAAUCCCACGCAGACAGUAAAGUUCCAUUCAUACCCUGUAUGGAUAAGUUAGCAAGUCUCUGCUGGCCAGCUAGUUCUCUUCCUCAUCUUCAUAGAUGGGAUUGAUGUAGGCCUCGACCUUCCGGUCUUCUGCAAAGUCCCUCUGGUUCAUGGGAGGCCACUUGGCAUCUUUUUCCAGCUGCCGCUGCAACUUCCGGUAGCGACUCGAGGAGCGGAACUGGAACAGCGCCUUGAUCAGCAGCCAGAGGCGCCGGUUCUGCAGGAUGCCAUCCUGCAAAGAAGGGAGAAAUCACUGGGGUGGACGGAUCUGUCAGAUUUUCCUUCUCUCACUUUCUCAGUUUUCCAGUUUUAAAGUUGGUUUUCCAUAUUUAUGCAACAUUUUGUGAUUUUAAAAAAAAAUUCUCAUGAAAAUUCAUCAGCAUGUUAGUGCAAAUUUGUCCUAAUAAACACAUU